AUGAUCUGCCGUUCCGGAGUACUUUUUCGCGCAUGCAUGCGUGCGCGCCCUGCGAGUGUGCGCGCCUUUUCGCAGUCAAUUGCGAUGCGCACCAACAGCUACGGAAACACGGUAGAUGGCUUUACCGGAGCCGUCGGCAACACGCCGCUACUCCGCAUCAACUCUUUGAGCGAGGCGGCAAAUGCCAACAUUUAUGCCAAAGCCGAGUUCAUGGAGCCUGGAGGCAGUGUCAAGGACCGCGCCGCUUUGUUCGUUGUGCAGGAUGCCGAGAAGAAAGGCCUGCUCAAGCCCGGUGGCACAGUCGUCGAAGGUACCGCCGGGAAUACGGGGAUUGGACUUGCGCAUGUGUGUCGCGCACGCGGCUACCGCUGUGUGAUCUACAUGCCAAAUACCCAAUCGCAAGAAAAGGUUGAUUUGCUGCGUAUGCUCGGCGCAGAAGUGUAUCCCGUGCCUGCGGUACCUUUUGACAACCCUGAGAACUACAACCACCAGGCUGCGCGCCACGCCGAGAAGAUUGACAACGCAGUAUGGACAAACCAGUUUGACAACACGGCGAACCGCGACGCUCACUUUUUCACCACGGGCCCUGAAAUCUGGGCCCAGACCGACGACGGGCAAAAUUUGGACGGCUUUAUCUGCGCCACCGGCACCGGCGGCACGCUCGCUGGCGUCACCCGCUUCCUCAAGCAGGCAUCCGAAGGCAAUGUGCAGUGCUGGCUUGCAGACCCGCCCGGCUCGUGCCUAUACGAGUACGUCAAAUCUGGCGGCGAGCAUCUCGAGCGCACCGGCACCGGAUCGAUCACCGAAGGCAUCGGCCAAGGCCGUGUGACAGAGAACAUGCAGGACGAUGUGCACCUGAUCGACAAUGCACUGUUCAUUGAAGACGAGGCGUCCAUCGAGAUGCUCUUCCGCAUGCUCGACGAGGAAGGUCUCUACAUCGGCGCAAGCUCUGCUCUCAACGUCGUUGCGGCCUACCGCAUGGCGAAGGAGCUCGGGCCCGGGAGCAAUGUGGUUACGGUCCUUUGCGAUAGUGCAGUUCGCUACCAGACGCGCCUUUUCUCGCGCUCCUGGCUCGAGAGCAAAGGUCUGCUCGACGCGGUGCCCCAAGCGCUGCAAAAGUACAUUAUCCUCCCAUAG